AUGACCCCUAUUAAUCGAGAAUGGGCUAGGCUAGUCCACUUCCAUCUAUCCGUGCGGUCACCUGGGAGAUGACCCCUUAACUACCCCGCCGUACAUUGAUGUUGUUUAGCGCAGUAGGUCAACACCAGUGGAGAGAUUCUCAACAUUGCAUGAUUGUUCCGUCAUAUUCCCUACUAGUUUUUUCUAUGUGUGUGUCACGGCCUUUGCUUACUCGGCACCUAAAAGCAUUCAGCAUCAUGCGGGGUUUAGAAGAUGGUCGCGAUGCGCUUUUCCACAUGAGCUCAGAUGCCACGGAUCGCCUCCGACAUGCCUGGGAUGGCUUUGUCGAUUUUGCCAUGAGAGACAAUGUCCUUGAAGUUGCUAUUGGUUUGAUGAUCGGUCAAGCAUUCACGAAGGUCGUAACAUCAUUUGUCUCGGAUGUGAUCCUUCCAGUUAUCUCCCUGCUGCCUUUUAUUCACCGUAAUCUUGAUGAGAAAUUCAGCGUGCUGCGGAAAGGGCCGAACUACGAUUUGGCAGGAGGUUAUAAUACUCUUGCGCAGGCUCGGGAUGAUGGAGCCCUAGUCAUGGCUUACGGGGCAUUUCUGAAUAACGUAAUGAGUUUCCUUGGUGUCGGCAUCGUGCUAUAUGGGCUAGCUCAUUUCUAUGUUUUGAUUUCACACGACGGAUCAAUGAUCAAGAGAACUGUGAAGUGUAAAUACUGCAGGAAGUGGAUUAACCGCAAGGCCGUUCGAUGCGUGAAUUGUUCGAGUUGGCAGGAUGGAAGGGAAGAUGUUGGACUCGCCCAAUGCGAAGAUGAUUCUAACUAGCUUCGAUUGCUUUCAUCUCUCCUCUGUCUAUGGUGUCUGUCAAUUACUUUUAUGUUGAAAUAUUGAUUGCAGAAAAAUAGCCAACUAUGUGUUCGUGUGAACUCCUGGAGUUUCCAAUGUACAGUAACUACAAAACAGAAAACCAACAUUGUCAAUU